AUGAGGGUAAUCGAGGUUAUCAUAGACGGCUUCAAGUCGUACGCCGUUCGAACGGUCAUUUCAGGAUGGGACGAGAGCUUCAACUCAAUCACCGGUCUCAAUGGGUCCGGCAAGUCAAAUAUCCUUGACGCAAUCUGCUUCGUCCUCGGCAUCACGAACAUGACGACAGUGCGAGCCCAGAAUCUCCAGGACCUCAUCUACAAGCGUGGCCAAGCCGGUGUCACCAAAGCGAGUGUCACCAUCGUCUUCGACAACAGAGACAAGAAGAAGUCGCCGAUCGGUUUCGAGGAAUAUGCGACCGUCAGCGUCACCCGGCAGAUCGUCCUCGGCGGAACCUCCAAGUACCUGAUCAACGGGCAUAGGGCGCAGCAGCAGACGGUACAGAACCUUUUCCAGUCGGUGCAACUGAACAUCAACAACCCCAACUUUCUCAUCAUGCAGGGACGCAUCACCAAAGUCCUUAACAUGAAGCCUGUCGAGAUUCUCUCCAUGAUCGAAGAAGCCGCCGGCACACGCAUGUUUGAGGACCGACGGGACAAGGCGUUCAAGACCAUGGCAAAGAAGGACAUGAAGCUGCAGGAGAUCACGGAGCUGCUGCGAGACGAGAUUGAGCCGAAACUCGAGAAGCUGAGAACCGAAAAGCGCGCAUUCCUCGACUUCCAACAAACCCAGAACGACAUGGAGCGCCUCACAAGAGUGGUCGUCGCCCACGACUAUGUGAGGUGUCAGGAGAAGCUGCAGCAGUCGGCGGCAGAUCUGGACGGCAAGAAGCAAAGGCAGAAGGACCUCGAACAAUCGGCAGUCCGCCUCAAGAGCGAAAUCUCGCAUCUAGAGGAGGAUGUGCAGAGGGUCCGGGCCCAGCGCGACAAGGAGCUCAAGAAGGGAGGCAAGGCGCAAGGCCUAGAGGAUUUGGUCAAGAAGCACUCGAACGAGCUGGUGCGCCUUGCCACCGUCAUGGACCUAAAACAGUCCAGUCUCAACGAGGAGGCUGAGAAGAAGGUCGCUGUCGAGACAACCGUGACCGAGCUCGAGACAGCUCUGCAGGAGAAGACAAAGGCGUACGAAGCCAUCAAGGCAAAGUACGAUACUGCCAAGGACGAAGUUGAGGCGCAGGGCCGGGAGGCAGAUUCCAAGGAGGAAUUGCUGCAGACAUUACAGACUGGUGUCGCGUCCAAAGCCGGCCAGGAAGGUGGUUAUCAGGGACAGCUGCAGGACGCCAGGAAUCGCGCAACGACAGCGGCGACCGAGCAGGAGCAAGCCAAGAUGAAGAUUGCCCAUCUCGAGAAGCGGAUCAAGGAAGAGGAGCCUCGUGCGAAAAAAGCCAAGGAACAGAACGCAGGCCUUCUCAACGACCUGGAGGACCUCAAAGCCCAACAGCAGAGACUCGAAAAGGAGCUCGGCAAGCUCGGCUUCCAGCCUGGUCAAGAGGAGGAGAUGUACCAGCAGCAGUCUGGUCUUCAACAACGGAUCCGUGCUCUGCGUCAAGAGUCGGAUGCACUGAAGAGAAAGGUUGCCAACAUCGACUUCAACUACCACGACCCAGUGCCCAAUUUCGAUCGAUCCAAGGUCAAGGGACUUGUUGCGCAGCUAUUCACCCUCGACAAGGAUCACACAGAAGCCGGGACUGCGCUCGAGAUCUGCGCUGGGGGCCGCCUUUACAACGUGGUGGUAGACUCUGAAGUGACCGGCACACAGCUUCUGAAGGGCGGCAAGCUUCGCAAGCGAGUCACCAUCAUUCCCCUCAACAAGAUUGCAGCUUUCAAGGCUUCAGCUCAGACUAUUGCUACAGCGCAGAAGAUUGCGCCCGGCAAGGUCGAUCUGGCUUUGUCUCUUGUUGGCUACGACGAUGAAGUGUCGUCGGCCAUGGAGAUGAGGAGCAUCACGCUUGAGGGUGAUGCCUACGACCCUUCAGGUACACUAUCUGGCGGCAGCUCACCCAACUCAAGUGGAGUGCUGGUCACUUUGCAAAAGCUGAACGAGCUCACCAGACAGCUGAAGGAGGCCGAGUCGACGCUGACGAGCCUUCAAGUGACCAUUUCACGAGAGAAGUCUAAACUCGACCACGCCCGCAAGAUCAAGCAGGAGCUGGACCUCAAGAGCCACGAGAUCAAGCUCGCUGAGGAGCAGAUUGGCAGCAACUCGUCCUCCUCAAUCAUUCAGGAGGUUGCCAACAUGAAAGAGACAAUCAUCCAGCUGAAGAACGACAUGGCGGACGCAAAGAAGCGACAUGCCGAAGCCCUCGCCGACGAAAAGAGGAUAAACAAGGAUAUGCAAGAUUUUGACAGCAACAAGGACGCCAAGUUGAUCGAGCUGCAGAAAGCCCUGGAUAAGCUACGAGCAACACUGAGCAAGAGUGCUGCUUCGGUCAAGACGGUGCAGAAGGAGCUCCAGGGCGCGCAGCUCGACUCGGAGCAAGUGGCCGGGGAUCUGUCUGGCGCCCGUGAGCAGCUGCAAGAAGUCGAGAUCGCCAUCAAGGCGCAGCAGCAGGAUAUUGAGGGCCUCGUCCAGCAACAGGCCGAGCUCAAGGACACGCAUGAUUCGGUGCAAGCCGAGCUGGACGAUGAGCGGGCCAAGCUGCACGGGUUUGACGACGAGCUGCGGGCGCUGGAGGAAGCCACGCGGUCCAAAAACGCGCGCGUCGCGGAAGAGGGCCUCGAGAUGCAGACGCUCGGUCACCAGGUGGAGAAGUUCCACAAGGAGCAGCAGUCGGCGUUGCAGACGGUCGCGUACAUGGAGAAGGACCACGACUGGAUCGCGGACGAGAAGGACAACUUUGGUCGCUCCGGCACGCCGUACGACUUCGAGGGCCAGAACAUCAGCGAGUGCAAGGCCACGCUGCGGAACCUGACGGACCGCUUCCAGGGCAUGAAGAAGAAGAUCAACCCCAAGGUCAUGAAUAUGAUCGACAGCGUGGAGAAGAAGGAGGUUUCGCUCAAGCACAUGAUGAAGACGGUCAUCCGCGACAAGCGCAAGAUUGAGGAGACCAUUCUCAGCCUGGAUGACUACAAGAAGAAGGCUCUGCACGAGACGUGGGUCAAGGUCAACGGCGACUUUGGCCAGAUCUUCAACGAGCUGCUGCCAGGAAGUUUCGCCAAGCUGGACCCGCCUGAGGGCAAAACGAUCAGCGACGGCCUCGAGGUGAAGGUGUCCCUGGGCAAGGUCUGGAAGCAGAGCCUGACGGAGCUGUCUGGUGGCCAAAGGUCUCUCAUCGCUCUCUCGCUCAUCAUGGCCCUUUUGCAAUUUAAGCCUGCGCCCAUGUAUAUUCUCGACGAGGUCGAUGCGGCAUUGGAUCUUUCCCACACGCAGAACAUUGGCCGGCUCAUCAAGACGCGGUUCAAGGGGUCACAGUUCAUCGUCGUCAGUCUCAAGGACGGCAUGUUCCAGAACGCCAACCGCAUCUUUCGCACGCGCUUCAGCGAGGGUACGAGUAUGGUGCAGGCGUUAACGCCGGCGGACUUGAAAUGA